AUGGUAGCUGACGUUCAAUGGUCGCCUCAUCACAACGCUAAGCCUUCAUGGUGCAUAUCUACACUGAACCAAAAGGCAUUGCUAUGGGAUCUUGCUCGUCCGUCCCACAAUGCCAUUUCUCAAGUCCUUCAUCAUCAUUCCAGAGCUAUCACGGACAUUAACUUCCACCCGUAUGACCCAGAAGUCUUAGCCACAUGUUCCAUUGACACGUUCAUCCUACGGUGGGACAUGAGAACCCCCCGGAGACCAGUGGCCAAAUGGGCCGAAUGGAGAGCAGGUACCACUCAGGUGAAAUGGAACCAUGAAAACUCCCAUCAAUUGGCUUCAAGUCACGAUAGUUAUUUCUAUAUAUGGGACGACCGAUAUGGUUCUGCGCCACUUUUCAAGGUCAACAUGGCUCACGAGGGUAAAAUCAACGGCAUUGAUUUCUCCAGUGGACUUUCCAAUUUCAUCACUUGUUCCAAUGAUUCAACGGUUAAAUUUUGGAACUUGAAGGAUGCGGCCACGAUGACUGACUUAAAGGCUACUGACACCUCCAGUAGUUCUUUGGUAGACGAAAUUGGGUUCUUUGACGGCUUAAACAAAAAGGAUCGACUCCAACCUUCGGUUGUUAUUCAUACUGAUUAUCCUGUGGCCCGAGCCAGAUCUCUCCCCUUUGGUCAAGACUUAACUUGUGGUAUAAUGCCCCUUAGAGACGGGGACGACUCAAUUCAUCUCUUCAACUAUGAGGCAGCGUAUCGACGGGCUACAGAAUCAGGACAGCCACAACACAUUAACUGCGACCCAGAUUACUCGUUUAAGGGCCACAACGGACCCAUAAAGGAUUUUUUAUGGAGAACAAGAAGAGAGAAGUACGAUGGCUUUACUUCGCCGUCUUCCAAUCACCACCAGGACUUUCAAUUGGUUUCGUGGUCAUCGCUGGACUAUGACUUGAUGUUGUGGCCAUACGAUGAGGAAUUGUAUGACAUUGCCAACUACAAUCCGUCUCAUCAAGACUUUUUUGGGUCGAUAGCUUCACAACCGGAUCUGAAUCUGAAUUCUGAUUUGGAAGUGUCUUUAGACGAAGAGAAGAAGGUUGUUAAAACCUUUGCAUUGCCAGAUAAAGUUGGGUGUAAGCUUAAUAAAGGUGACGAGGGCCAAAUAUAUAAAUACAAGACCUUCUCCACGGAACCAGUGGUGGAAAUCGAUGAUUUGGUGAAGAAGAACGACGGAGAUAUGCUCUCAUCAUUAGUCCAGUACCAGAUAUCCGAAAUGGAGAGCAGCAUACAUUUGAAGCAGAUUAACCAUCUUGAUUGGAUCUCAGGUGUCAGAAUGGGCCGUGCUGGUCAUGGCCAUAAUAAUAAUAAUAAUAAUAAUAAUAGCAGUGAUAAUAAUAAACUGCAAUACGAGAAGAAAUCUCUUACAGGCAGCAAUGGAACUACCAAGAUCAAUGUUGCCAACGAUAUUGAAAGCUCGACUGAUGUACCCAAUAAUUUAGGUGAAGAAGUUUCUAUCGUUGCCCAUAAGUUCCCCAAGGUUAAAUUUGAACAGAUUUCGAUAUCAACCGGUGAACUAGUAAUGAGUCUUCGUGGUCCACUUCCAAAAAUUGAGUUGGAGCAACAGGACGAACGGCCAGCAGAGUCACAAAAUGCAGCUACUGGUAAUACUACUACAGCCACCACGAAUAAGAGACCAAGGCAAUCAACGAACCAAACGUCUUCGACUUCUUUGACUCAGUUACAGCACACAACGUCAAGUACAUCAAGCUCAGGUACCAAAGCAAACGUGACGACCGCUACCACGACAAGCACGCUGACGAUAACCCAUUCGCUUACCUCACCCACAUCCACCAUCCCAGCCAACUCCACUACAACAAUUAUUUCUGGUAGCAGACCUUCCGAGAAAUUGGCCGGACAAAGCACUUUAAGUCCAUUGAAUAACUCGACAUCACAUAAUUUGAAUUCCAUUACUAUGGAGCUUGAGAACGAGGGCAGCAUGAUACUUGAAACAGACGAGAAAGAUGUCACUGAAACGUUGACGAUCAUUGAAGAUGAAGAUCAUGUUCAAGAGCUUGUAUUUAUUCGGAUAUCAAUUCAUUUUCCCAAGGAUUAUCCUUAUUUGCAAGACUUUUCCAAUUUCAGAACUGUAUCUGGACUGAAGAGAAUCGCUCGGUUGAAGAAACAAAAUCUUAUCAGGUUUGACAUUGAAGAGACCCACGAACUUGAUGAUCAAGCCACAAAUACUAUGAAAGAGAACUUGUUUAAAAUCAGUGAGUUUUAUACCAACAAGUAUAAUCGAUUCUGUUUGGAGCCGUGCUUGAGAUACUUAAUGGGUGAUAAAAUAGAGUUGUCCGAGGACUUGAUGCUCUCUGUUGACUCAGAAGAGGGUGAAAAGGAUGGGGUCAUAGACGCAACUAAAAAUGUCUGGUCAACAGACUUGGUAGACACCCGGGAGAUCGACUUGAAUGAGCACCGCCCAGGGAUGGUUGAAAUGGACAAUUCAGGUGACGAGGAAGAUGAAGAAGAGUUAGGCGACUUGCUUGCCAAUGCCAAUGCCGAGGACAUGGUGGGUAGCAUUGAUUCGCUUGAAGAAGAAGAGGAACAAAACACAGCCAUUGAAGGUUUAAAGAGUAAUAAUAAUAGUCUUGAAGUACCCAAUGCUGCUGAUAAUGCUCCUUUAAUUGACUCUACACCCAUACCUAAAGGAUGUGGAGCCGUAUGGACUCCCACAGGACAGUUGGUUUGCUUUUUCAUACCGAAGUCAGAUCCUCUGGACCUGAAUAAAGAACUCCUGAAGUUUAAUAUCUUUAGGUUUACAGAAGGUGGAUUCAGUGUUGCACACCAUCAACAUCAUCACCACCAUAAUCACCUGCACCUGCACCAUAGAAGUCAUCUGCAGAAGGAUGCCUCGGUGAAUAGUACGUUUGUUUUUUCUGAGUCUAACAGAACAAUUGAUGGGUAUGACGAUGAAGGUGAAGAUGCUGAUAAUGGUAAUGAACUGGAUUUGGGGUCCUCCAGCGAUGCUCUGUCCAUUUGUAGCACACUGUCCGAUGACUCCAAUAGCUCUCAAAGGUCGUCGUCAUCGUCGGAGAGCUUUACUUCAGACUUGGAUGAGUUGCUACAAGAUCAAAUACGAACCCGCUCAAGAGUGCCUGGUUUGUUCAAGUCUAUGGGCUUGGGAGGUAGAUACAUUGAUAACGGUACGGCUUUGGACAAGUUUACCAGUCGGGUAAGCUAUUCUAAUCAUCGAUCGUCUGAAUAUGGAGGAAGUGGUAAGGGAGGAGAUUAUAGAAAGGGUAUUAAGAGAGGAGCUCUAAAGAAGAAUUUAAACAUUGUUGGAAUCUUUGACUUUAGACAUUUACUUCCGGAUAAAUAUGAAUUGGCAAGUGAGUACCGGGUGUUAGGAGAUACACCGGAGAAUCUUGCUCGGUACAAUAGUGCAGUUGCCGAGAAGUACGGUCUUCAAGAGAUUAAAGAUGUGUGGAGAUUAUUAGAGAUGAUCUUGAUCAAGGACAUAAAACUCAUAGAACAAUCGGAGAAAGCUCAAGAUAUUUUCCCCUCGAAUAGAGAUUGGUUGAACGAUUCUGUUAAGACUUUCAGAUUCUACUGGGGGUCUCAUCCAUUGGGGCAUAAUUGGUUAAUCAAAGAGAUUUUCAACUACUUUGAACAAAGGAAGAACCUUCAAAUGUUGGCAAUGUUGUCGUGUAUAUUAUAUGAAAGGUUGGAUGGAGUAUUAAAUUCUGAAUCUUCUGCCAAUUCCCAUUUCAAUAUUCCAAUCCAUACACCUUAUUCGGCACUCCCUCCAGUACCAUUGAAAAAUCGAGGAUAUGGAAGUCUUAGCACGAUUGUACUGGACUCGAUAUCAGUCAAAGAGCAAAUGGGGACUCCUCAUAGAAACUUGACAAGCUUGCAAAAUGAAUAUGGACCACAAAGGAAUAGAUCUUUUGGUUCGUAUAAUAACGACUACCUGGGAGAAAGUAAUACACCUGAAAGGUUUAAUGUUGGUGGCUCAAAGAAGUUCUUGAAGCACGUGAAUACCACAACUUCCUUAGGCGAUUACAUUGGAGAAUGGAAAAGAUUUAGUAGCGAACGUAGAUCGUUUGCAUCGUUAGAUUAUAAUAUCUCGUUGAAUUCUUCAGCCACCACUUCACGUGAUAAUAAUAAUUCCAGAAAUCGAUUAUACCCCCAUUCGACAUUUGCAAAGAGGUCCCAACAACAACAAUACAAGAAGAACUUGGAAAGGGCUCCAACAGUUAAUAUUGAAUUGGUCAACGCUAAUGAACUUGAUUUGUUUGAGAAUGUAUUUAGCUCUGGGUUAUUGAGUUCUCAAGACGCCAAUAAAAUCAAGUCAUAUCGUGAGCAAUAUGCCGAUAUGCUUUAUCUUUGGGGGCUUCCUAUUAAUCGGUUGAAGAUACUCAAGUUCAACUAUUCUGAUUUGAACUUGGUGAGUAGUUCAUUACCUGAAUUUCAGGUUCACAAGUGUCUGAUUGGGCUAAGAGAGAAGUACAAUAAUACUGUGAAUCCUUCAUACCAAGGGAACCUUAGUGUUUCCACUGUUAAUGGCUGGCAACAUCACAACAGACAGAAGCUAAAGAACUGCAACUAUUGUAAUCUUUUGGUAACAAGAAGUCUUGUUGUAUGCACCAAUUGUGAGCAUGUUAUGCAUUCGGCUUGUGCCUUGGAAUGGUGGUCUCAAGUGGAGGAAACACAAGAUUGUCCAAGCGGAUGUGGAUGCAAUUGUCUAAACUAUAGAAUAUAG